AUGCUGCCACCAAGCGGCUGCUGUUUCACAGGUGAAAAAGAGGCCAGAAGAAUGUUUUCUUUAUCUCCAUACUUUGGCUGUUUGGACUGGAACGGAGCAGUGAAGCUCCAAAGCGAGAAAAAGGGAAAAGGGGAGGCGAACGCAGAAAACAGACAAAGCAGAAGACGCCUUCACGUGGUUCGUGAGGGUGCCCCGGAAGUGAAUUCGGAAUUGAUUGACACACAGUUCGACUCGCCGUUCCGCGUGGCUUGCGAGUCCCCCGCUCCCUCCGGACGGACUGAGGUGGCUUUGCUGAUACCGUCUGUCCUUUUCGUUGAGGAAACACCUGACCUUAUGAUGUGCCAGAUCCUGGAGACCCGAGACACAUCGGCUCGCUUUUCAGGUUUGGGAUGCACAAUGAUGAGAAAUAAAAAGGAAAAAGAUUUCCAGAAAGAAGCCGUAAGAUUCAAGGUUUCACAGUCCAAGCUAAUGUCUACAGAUUCUUCACCAAAUGAUCUGAGAAAAUUGGAUUCAUGGCAAAAGAAACGUUACUCGACUAAGGCAAGAGCUUGGGAUCAAGCUCAGAGUCUCACAUCUGCCAGCAAGCAAGCACUCUACUACUGACUGAGCCACCUCCAUAGCCCGUGCUUAGUCUUGAGUAGCCACAAAAUACUCUACGGUAUGGCUAAAUAAACCUUUUAACUUAGAGAUUUCUGCCAUUUAAAUUAUUUUAUGUAGUUGAAUAUAUACUUUUUUUCCUAAGGAAUUCUAUAUGUCUAGAUUUAAGACUCUUCAACCUUUAUGUUAUACACAAUUUCUUAUAGUUUUCAAAGUUUUAAUAAAAAGUUUAACUUUGAAACAGUUGUGGAUUCGUAUGUAGUUAUGUAUUCUUUACCUUGUUUUCCCUAAUGACAACUUCCAAAAUAAUAUCACAAGCA